GCGAUGCUUUCACUAGCCUGGUUCUCAUACAAACCGCUGUCAUAUGAGAACUACAAAUUUCCGCUAUAUGCGGAAAAAAUUGGUUGGGCCCUCUCGCUAGCACCACUUCUUGCCAUACCAAUAACGGCACUAGCGAAAUUUUGCCUGGCCGAUGGAACGAUUAUUCAGCGAUGGAUGGAUCUGUUUUGUCCGGACGAUGAAUGGGGCCCGGCUCUUGCGGUACAUCGUGCCGAGUAUUAUCCACUGCAAAUUCCAGAAGCAAGACGACUUGUUUUUCCAGCACAGAAACAGCCCGGUAAUGGUGCUUUCUGUUCCGGUGAAUUCGCGGAAAAACGCGAUUUACUACUGCCCAGUGAAGUAACAUCCGAGAGUCAAUCACGUAAAUUUGGAAUUCUGCCUUCAUUUGAACGGGAAACGGCUAUCUGA